GUCAGGCAGACAGUGCCGAAUAUUUACGUUCGCUACGGGCGUUUAGCGUGUUCGCUCAUUCAAAUAUCUCAAAAAUUUCAAGUUAAAUUCUUUUUUAAAAGUUGUUAACACUGACAGAAGUAGUGCCUUUUGAAUCCUACAAAUUAAAAUGCCUAUCCGAAAGAAGAUUAAAAUCAGCUCGGCAAAACGUGGUCACCAUGAAAAGCACAAGAAAAAUUUUGCCAAAACAAAAAAUGCGUUAAACAAGGAAAAACAAAUGAAGGCAAACUCCAAUAUUUUCAAAAACAAGCGAUUGAAAGAGCAUCUUGAAACGACUAAAGUUUCCAAAAAACGAUUACCUGUUCCUGAAACUACCAUGAAACGCUCAGAUCUUCCCACCUCGGAAGUUCAAUUCGAAGAUUUUGAGGAUAUGAUGGACAGCCUUAGUGAAACCGGCUCAAACCAGGAAAAUAACGAAAAUAUGUCUGAUAUGCGAGCCGGUUCUCCGGAUUCUGCAAUAGAUAACGAAGAGCUUGAAAUGGAGGAUGGUUCGAAUGCCAUCGAUAGACUUGAAGAGCAAUAUCAGCAACAAGUAUCCGGAAGUCUAAAAUUCAGCGGUGAACGUAAGGACCUGCUGCCCAUCAAAACUAAAAAAGGAGACAUUGUUGUUCGAAGUCUUGAAAUUUUCGAUCAACCUAUCGGAAAGCCAGAAAAAUCUGUAGAAGAAAAUGAACAUGUCGAGCCAAAGGAAGCAGAUACUUCGGCCACGAGAAAACAACUUCCUGCCAAAACCGAAGUAGCGACAACUGAUUUGCUCUUAGAAAGAGACGAAGAAAUUGAACGGCAAAAAUUUCUCAUCGGCGUAACCUGUGCAUCUAUACUGGAAACACCGGAAACGAAAAUUAAGAAUUUGGCCUCCAUAAUCGAGCUGAUUCCGGAACAAUUACCUACAAACGGAAAAGUCAACAUGUUUGUCAUUCGAAAACUGGCGAUGAUUUCCGUUGUCGAGGUGUUUAAAGACAUUAUUCCCGAAUAUCGUUUGGGAAUUAUAGACGCCAGCGCCCAAAAAUUAAAAAAGACCACUCUUGCGCGUGUGAAUUACGAAAACGAGCUUCUGUUGCAGUACAAAAAGUUUCUGGUUCAUUGCGAGAGCUAUUCGCAGAUAGCUCAGGGGAAGAAAUCUUACGGCAGCGAUGGCAAGUCAAUGGAAAAAAUGCAGAUUGCAGAAACGGCGAUUCAAUGCAUGUGCGAUCUCUUGGUUGCUCAUCCGUAUUUCAACUUUGGGUUGAACAUUGGACAGAUGCUGGUGACGUAUCUCAACAGUAAUCUCGAAAAUAUUAGAAAAUGCGUUUAUUCAUGUUUUGUUAACGUAUUCAAAACAGAUUCACGUUUCGAUAUCAGCAAACAUAUUAUACGCCACAUCAAUCAGCUGGUGAAAAAGAAGGAGCAUAAUGUUUACGCAGAGGUUGUGUCCUGUUUGAAGUACCUUCAAAUCAAAGAUGUCAACAUUGAAGCUGAAAAAGAGAAGGAGUUGAAGCUGAAGAAGCUUGAAGCUCACAAAUCCAGAGUAAUAAAUAUGUCGCGCCAGGAGCGAAAAAGGAAAAAGAAGCUUCAAGAGCUCGAGAAGGAGCUUUUUGAGACAAAAGCUGAAGAAAGCAAGCAGAUCAAGCACAAAAAGUUGACGGAUGUCACCAAACUAGUUUUUACCAUUUACUUUCGGAUUUUAAAAUCGGCACCUAAAUCAAAAGUGCUCAGUGCAACGCUGGAAGGACUCGCGAAGUUCGCGCACAUCAUAAAUAUCGAGUUUUUCUCAGAUUUGGUAGAACUACUUAAUAAUUUGCUAGUGAACGAAAAUCUAGGAUACCGAGAGCAAUUACAUUGCAUUCAAACUGUAUUUACGGUGUUGAGGGGCCAAGGAGAAAUUCUCAACAUUGAUCCGGCUCGGUUCUACACACAUCUGUACAAAAACCUACUCCGUGUUCAUGGUGGCAAGAAUCACGAGGAUCUGGAAUCUAUUCUUCCGACCCUAGACACCGUGUUGCUGAAACGACGCAACAAUAUCACGUAUCAUCGGUAUUUGGCUUUUGUAAAACGCCUGUCAAUGAUGUCGCUACAAGUCUUGCAUAAUGGAGCGCUAGGGUGUCUUGGUGUGAUUAAAUCGGCCAUGCAGUUGAACUCAUCGCUCGAUAUUCUGUUAGACACUGAAUCGACGGUUGGAUCUGGCAAAUUUGACCCGAACGUUGAAGAGCCAGAAUUCAGCAAUGCCAGCAGUACCAGUCUGUAUGAGCUCACAGCACUCCAUCGACAUUAUCAUCCUACUGUUCGGAAGAUGGCCAACAAUAUAGCUAAUGGUGUUCCGAGCAGUGGCGUUGGUAUGCUACCGGUCGAAAUUGGAAAAUUGUCUCCUGUUGAACUCUUCCAUAAAUAUGACAGCUCUAAAAUGGCGUUUAAUCCAAGCAUCGCCAUACCCCAGAAAAAGAAUACAAGCGCAGAUGGUACACGUUCGCAUAUAUUCACUGUUGAUGGACUGGAGGAAUAUUGCCAAAUUAUGCAAAACAAACAAUACUUCGAUAAGUCGUUUAAUUUUCUAGAAAAUAAACUUUAAACAAUGUUUAAUUUGUACCUCUUGAAAA